AUGCCCCUUAUAUCAAAGAGUAUCCCUAUCUUUGGCGGAGAUCGAAGACCACCUAGUCAUUACGCUCCGCUUCUCAAGCUUCGCGACGCGCCUAGCCGUCAUGGCAUCCGCUGCUUUGCUCCAGUCAUGCUCGUCCCUUCGCACUCCUUUUCUCCUAAAAAACAAUUAGUUCGCGGAUCGCGCUCGUCCGUACGGUGCGCGGCUGCCGGCGAGGGCGAGAAGCCGAGCUCGUUCGCGAAGCAGUGGAGCCGCACGGGCGGCAGCAGCAGCAGCGAGAGCGCGAUUUCCGGCGCUGCGCGACGGAUUGCGGAGAAGGGCGGGCGGGGUGAGAGCAGGCCUUCGGGGGGGAAGAAUAAGCGGGGCGGCGGUAAGCCUGCGCGCGGGAGGGCAAGCGGGGACGCGCAGCAGGCGGGGGAGAACGGGGAUGGCGCAGGAGCGGAGGGGGAAGCGCGCGAGGGCGGCGGGAGCGGAAGGCGCGAGCGGCAGAAGCGCAGCCACGUCGUGCUGGAGCCCGCGGAAUUCCCGGAGCCAAUGAGUCGCGACCCGCACGUGGCGAUUCUGGGCGGCGGCAUGGCGGGGCUGAUGUGCGCGCUGGGGCUGGCGGAGCGCGGCAUCCGCAGCACCGUUUUUGAUACUGGCAAGCACGGGCUGGGCGGGCGGAUGGCCACUCGGGAGGUGGAAGUUGCUGGGAAGCUGCGCCUAUUUGACCACGCUGCACAGUUCUUCACCGUCACAGAUUCACGCUUCCAAUCAUACGUCGACAGGUGGCUGAAGGAAGGUGCCCUGCGGGUGUGGGAAGAGGGGCGCAUAGGCACGCUGCAGGCAGGGGGGGCAUUCUCGGAGCUCCCAACCCUUGGUGGUGGUGGCAGCAGUGGUGGUGGUGAAGAGGCGAGGAGGCUCAUCAGCCCCUGUGGCAUGAGGGCAUUCUGCGAGCACGUGAUUGCGGACAAGGUGAGGGAGGGCGUGGGGGGUGAGGGAGGGCGUGGUGGGGGCGGAGCAGCCAGUGUGUGGAUAGGGAAGAUGCGGGCGAGGCAUAGCGGAUCACCAUCCUCACAUCACAUCGUGAGGGAGGGCGUGGUGGGGGUGGAGCGGUCGGUGUGGGUAGGGAAGAUGAGGGCUCAUUUGACCACCGUCCUCGCUCUAUGUUUAUUAUCCCCCCCAACCAACCACCCUCCCUUGCCCAUGACCCCCUCCGCGCCCGCCAUUCCCUGCCCACAGGUGAGGGAGGGCGUGGUGGGGGUGGAGCGGCCAGUGUGGAUAGGGAAGAUGAGGGCGAGGGGGGGCAAGUGGGUGCUGGAGGAGACGGGGCGCAAGGCAGGGGAGUUUGACUUCGUGGUCAUUGCACACAACGGAAAGUGCGCGAACCGUCUUCUCGCUCCCGCAGGCAUCCCAAAGAUUGCGAGACAGAUGAAGCGCCUCGAGCUGAGCUCCAUCUGGGCGUCGAUCAUCGCAUUCGAGAAGCCUCUGCUGGCCAAUGGCAGCACGACACGUGGGCACUUCGAUGCCGCCUUCGUGGAGGGCGUUCCAGCUGUCUCGUGGAUGUGCAACAACACCGCCAAGCUGGGGGAUUUGGGGGGCGCGGGGAGAGGGGACGGCGGGGAGGGAUCGGGUGCGGUGCGGAGGGGUGAGGGCAUGGAGUGCUGGACGGUGUUCAGCAGUGCGGCGUAUGGCAAGCGCAACAAAGUCCCCCAGGAGAACAUCCCGCUAGCGAGGGCAGCGCGGGUGAAGGAGGAGAUGCUGGAGGGUGUGGCAGCAGCACUCGGGCGACCCAAGGACUCCCUGCCUGCUGUUCUCUUCCACAAGAUCCAACUCUGGGGAGCGGCACUGCCUCUGAACGCCCCGACAACAGCAGCAGGCGGCGGUGUGGAGUGCAUAAUGGACGCCUCUACUCGCGUGGGGCUGUGUGGCGACUGGCUGCUCGCCCCCUCCGUGCAGGCUGCUGCCAUCAGCGGGCUCGCCAUGGCUGAUAAGGUGCUGUUGGGGGGAGGGGGGGCGGUGCAGGGCUGUUCCUGCUGUGGCCUGUAA